UAAAAUAGACUAUGCCUCAAUUCUUCAAUAUGGCUCGGGCAUUUGUUGUUGUUUUUAUAGCUUUUUUAACACUUUCUAAUGUAAUUGAAAGUAGGAUUUUAGAUGGGAAAAUAGAGAAAGAAAUGGAAGAUCUUAUCAACAAAGAAGACGCUACAAAAGUCGAACAGAAAGCAGACCUUUUUGAGGGAGACAUCAUGAUGGACAAAGAAGAACAAGAAGCACUGGACAGCGGUAAACUGGAAGAAAGAGACGCUGUUAACAUUCCAAUGUACAGAUGGCCUCAUGGGAUAUUGUACUACAAACUUCACCGGAGUCUAAGUAAAUACACAAGGAGAAUGAUUCAUAAGGCCUUCAAACAUAUUGAAUUACACACGUGCGUCAGGUUUCACAAGUACUGUAGAAAUUCGCCUCAUCAUUACGUCAUGUACUUUACAGGAAGGGGAUGCUAUUCAAGAAUAGGGCGUAGUCCUAAAAAGAAUAGACGCCAGUUGAUCUCGAUUGGACAUGGUUGUGAGAGACUGGGCACGAUAGUGCACGAGACUAUGCACGCGCUUGGAUUCUUUCACGAGCAAUCUAGACCAGACCGAGAUAAGUACGUCCGCAUAGUAUGGGACCAAAUU